CGCGGGCAGCGGAGGAUGGGGCGGGACUUCCGUCGUCGCCAUUGCAGGCUUCGUUUCGUGGCGGAGGGGCCGUCCGCAGGCGGCCUCCGGGACCGCAGGAGAGGGACCGGGCGGUGCCCGGAUCCUCGCCGCGCUGCUGAACGCGUUUUUGCUCCCGGCCAGUGACUCCUCCUUCCCGAGCCUCAGUGUUCCCGGGUGUGGAGUGGACGCGGCGCGUCUCUGCACCCCGCCUUCGUCCCACGGUCCCGGAAGGAGGCGCCCCGGUCCCCAGGCGCAUUUGAGACCGGGGAAGACGAGGCCGAGUGCGGCCAUCGGCCCCGGUCGCCCGCCCACUGGGGCGUGGGGUUCGGAUGAGCCCACAGGCUCCGACGGGGCCGCGGCGUCGCUGAUGGACGUGGCGCAGUUCUCCUAUUGGCCCCCUGGCUCACCUGUCCCAUCAUUUCAGAGCCCCGUGACCUUCGAGGAUGUGGCCGUGUACUUCUCUAAGGAAGAGUGGGGGCUCCUUGAUGCAGCCCAGAGGCACCUAUACCACAAUGUGAUGCUGGAGAACUUUGAGCUCAUGACUUCACUUGGUUGUUGGCAUGGAGUGGAAGAUGAGGAAGCACAUUCCAAGCAGACUGCUUCUGUAGAAGGGGUGUCACAGGUCAGGAUUCCCAGUGCACAUGCUUCCACCCAGAAGGCUGACACCUGUGACAUGUGUGGCCCAUUCUUGAAAGACAUUUUGCACCUGGACGAACAUCAGGGAACACAUCCUGAGGAGACCCCCUACACAUGUGGAGUAUGUGGAAGAGAGUUUUGGAUCAGUGCAAAGCUUCACCAGCACCAGAAGGAGCACAGUGGGGAGAAGCCCUUCAUAUGGGACAAGGGCAGGAACUUGUUUGUGAAGAGCUCCAUAGUCUACCUGUCAGAGAAGCUCUUCACUUGUGGGGAAGAUGGUAAGGAUGUCUCGGACAACCAUGACCUCCUCCAGCACCCAGCCACUGACAGCAGCGGGCACCCAUGUAGGAGCACAGAGUGCUGGGAGGCCUUCCCCCACAGUUCCGGUCUUGGACAGCUCCCAGAAGUGCAUACCACACAGAAACUCUUCAAGUGCAGUGCCUGUAGAAAAGACUUUGGGAAGAGCUCCACUCUCCUCAACCACUUGAGAACUCACUCUGAGGGGAUACCAUUUAGAUGUUCGACAGUUGGAAAUUCCUUAGAGAAGAAGUCAACUCUUGUUAACCACCAAAAAUUUCACACUGGAGAAAUAUCUUAUGUGUGUGAGGAGUGUGGGAAGGCCUUUAGUCACCCAUCUAAACUGAGGAAGCACCAGAAAUUUCACACUGGAGUGAAAUAUUAUAAGUGCAGUGACUGUGGGAAAACCUUCAGGCACAAGCUCACACUUGUUCAUCACCAGAGAGUUCACACAGGAGAAAGGCCAUAUGAGUGCAGCGAAUGUGGGAAAGCCUUCAAUAACAGGUCACACCUUACUCGGCAUGAGAAAGUUCACACUGGAGAAAGGCCUUUUGAGUGCAGCAAAUGUGGAAGAGCCUUUAGCCAAAGCUCCAAUUUCCUUCGGCACCAGAAAGUUCACACCCAAGUAAGACCUUAUGAGUGCAAUGAAUGUGGUAAAGCCUUCAGCCGCAGUUCUGCUCUCAUUCAGCACUGGAGAGUUCACACUGGAGAAAGACCUUAUGAGUGCAGUGAGUGUGGAAGAGCUUUUAACAAUAACUCUAACCUUGCUCAGCACCAGAAAGUUCACACCGGAGAACGGCCUUUUGAGUGUAGUGAAUGUGGAAGAGACUUUAGCCAAAGCUCCCAUCUCCUUCGACAUCAGAAAGUUCACACUGGAGAACGGCCUUUUGAAUGCAGUGAAUGUGGGAAAGCCUUCAGCAACAGCUCUACACUCAUUCAGCACCAGAAAGUACAUACUGGGCAAAGGCCUUAUGAGUGCAGUGAAUGUAGAAAAGCCUUCAGCCGCAGCUCCAGCCUGAUUCAGCACUGGAGAGUUCACACUGGCGAAAGGCCUUAUGAGUGCAGCGAAUGUGGGAAAGCUUUUGCUCACAGUUCCAGUCUCAUUGAGCACUGGAGAAUUCACACAAGAGAAAGGCCUUAUGAGUGCAGUGAAUGUGGGAAAUUCUUUAGCCAAAACUCCAUUCUCAUUAAACAUCAGAAAGUUCACACCGGAGAAAGGCCUUAUGAGUGCAGUGAAUGUGGGAAGUUCUUUAGCCGGAAGUCUAGCCUCAUUUAUCACUGGAGGGUUCACACUGGAGAAAGGCCUUAUGAAUGCAGUGAAUGCGGGAGAGCCUUCAGCAAUAACUCUCACUUGGUUCGUCACCAGAGAGUUCAUACACAAGAAAGGCCCUAUGAGUGCAGUCAGUGUGGAAAAGCCUUUAGUGAAAGAUCCACACUCGUUCGACACCAGAUAGUUCACACCAAAGAAAGGACUUAUGAGUGUGGCCACUGUGGGAAAAUCUUCAGCCGCCUAUGCAACCUUGCUCAGCAUAAAAAAAUUCAUACCUGAACCGAGCCUGAUGGAAAUGGCCUUUGUAAGAAAAAUCUUAAGCCAAGUCAAAUUUCAUGCAGUAGAAUACCCACAGAGGAAUUACCUACAUGUACCACUAAUAUAGAAAAACCUUUGGAAGCUACUCUGCCCUUUCUGAGCAGCCCAGGAACCUGGGCAGAGCUGUCUUCCCCGUGGAGCAUGAACCUCUUUCCAGGCUGCCUGGAUCCAAAUAUUUGCAGCAGUCAACUACAUAUGCUUGGAGAAAACAGCUCCCUGUGUCUCCCUUCCUCUUUCCUGGAGGGAAUCUGGAUUGUCCUGGGCCCUUUGGAAUGGCUUCAUUCCCAUUGCCUCUGAGAGAGUUAGGGAAUGAACUGACCCCACACUAGUGAAGAAGCCUUGAAGAAUGUCAAGUUUGGGCUUCUUAAGAAGAUGCAUGUUCUUCAUGGAUGUGGUCAAGUCUGCAUGUAAUCCCAGUGACGUGUCCAGUAAGCCCACAAAUCACCCUCCCCUGGCACCAUCUACCUUGGUCUGCUCUAUCCUGUGUGAUAAUAAAGACUUUAUUGGUCAAGUCACCUUUAA